CCAUUAAUAAUCUGGGAUGAUGUUGUUCAUAGACAAAUUAUACCUUUUACUAACAGAUAUGCAUUAGAGGCAAUGGUAAAAAAAAUUCACACUUUCCAAAAACCGUGUGUGAUGAAAAAAAGAAAUGGGAAAUAUUUCAGUUGUCAUUUAUUUGUUGAAUUUGUUCAAGACUUCUCUUCAUUCAAAGUUUUUAUUUUAAAAAAAUUAACCCCAGAUUUAGAUGCCAGCUUAUCAGGUGAAUAUAUAUCACGUGAAUUUCAACAUAAAAACUGUUGUUUAGCAUUAGAUGAUAUAAUUUAA